UCUCCGAUUUUUCUUCUAUACCAAAAAUAAUUCAAUUUCAUUGACAACCCAUAAUUUUAUAGUAAAAAAAAAAAUUCAAAAUUAAUUUGUGGGAUAAUCAAAAAAUUAAAAAUAUCAUUCAUUCAAACACAUUCAAUUUUCUCUAAUAUAUAAACAAAGCCUGCCUAGCAUUGUGUGAAAAGGUCAAAGGUCCCCACUUUCCCAUUUAGAGAGAGAAAGAGAGAGAGAGUUAGGGUUUGAUUUUUUAUUCGGGGGGGUUUUUAAAUUCUCAUGCAAAUUUACCAUCUUUCCUUCAAAUUCUAACUCUUUUCAUUGUUUUCCAAAAUGGGUUUUGAGAUUUCAGAUGAUUUGUUGGGAACUUUUGUCCCAAUCUUGGUUUAUUGGUUGUAUUCUGGGAUUUAUGUUUUGUUGGGGUGCUUUGAGAAUUACCGGUUGCACUCUAAGAAAGAUGAGGAUGAGAAGAACUUGGUUUCAAAGGCUACUGUGGUCAAAGGAGUCCUCCUUCAACAAACUAUUCAGGCUGUUGUUGCAAUCAUAUUGUUCAAGGUGACGGGAAAUGAUGGCAGUGAUGCUACUGUUCCACCAUCAUCCUUAAUCGCUUUAGCUAGACAAUUCAUCACUGCUAUGUUGGUCUUGGAUACUUGGCAAUACUUUAUGCACAGAUACAUGCAUCACAACAAGUUCUUGUACAAGCAUAUCCAUUCUCUACAUCACCGUCUUGUUGUACCCUAUUCAUUUGGAGCUCUGUACAAUCACCCCAUUGAGGGGCUUCUCCUUGACACAGUUGGUGGAGCUUUAUCUUUUCUUCUCUCGGGUAUGUCUCCUCGAGCCUCCAUCUUCUUCUUCUCCUUUGCUACCAUCAAAACAGUAGAUGACCACUGCGGAUUAUGGCUUCCUGGAAAUCUCUUCCACGUCUUUUUCAAAAACAAUACUGCUUAUCAUGAUGUCCAUCAUCAGCUGUAUGGCAGCAAGUACAACUUCUCACAGCCAUUCUUCGUUAUGUGGGAUAGAAUUCUUGGAACCUAUAUGCCUUACACGUUAGAGAAGAGAGCGGGUGGAGGCUUUGAAGCACAGGCUACUAAUGACUACAAGGAUGACUGAUUGUUGAGUGAUAAGCAUUCAUUGUUUGUACCUGUAUUAUUUUUCCCCUUGAAGAGUCACACUGUUUACGUGAUUUGUAUAUACAUAUAUUGUUGUGCCCUAUACUUCUAUUUCUUUUUGUUGAUAUAAGUUUUAAAACUUAUAUGUCAUUUUGAGAAGUUGUGUACCCAGAUAAAAUUGGCAUUCUAUUAGAGGUUUUAUUCAA